GGAAGUAGAGCUUAUUUUAGCGGAAACGAUGAAAACGUAGAUACUGCUUACUGCUCUCUCCCUUUAAAAAAUACACCUCCCUUUACAAAUAUAUAUAUUUUUAAUUAACCUAAAAUGUUUGGCAGGUCUUCAGGUUUUAACUAUGAGAUUCUCCCACAAACAGACCACGGAAAUAGAAAUUACCCGGGCCUGUUUGCAUCCGGACAGUCUGAGUAUAACAGCGGCUUCUCCUUUGAUUACGUUCCUAAAAUUAAAAACAAUGAUUUUACUGAUGAAAGUCAAGGAUUCGUAUCACGCUUGUGCAACUUAAUCGUUAUAUUAUUGGUUUUUCUUUGUACGCUCAUCACAUUUCCCAUAUCUGCGUGGUUUGUUUUAAAAACAGUGCCCAACUAUGAGAGGAUUGUUGUAUUCCGCCUGGGGCGCAUCCGACCUCCUAAGGGUCCGGGAGUGGUUUUAGUGCUUCCGCUUAUUGACCAGUGGCAAAGGGUGGACCUAAGAACCAGGGCUUUCAACAUCCCACCAUGCAAGGUGAACACAAAAGAUGGAGGCCUGGUGUCUGUCGGUGCAGAUAUCCAGUUCCGGAUCUGGAAUCCAGUCAUGUCUGUGGUGGCGGUGCAGGAUUUAAAGGCUUCCGCACGUCUUACUGCACAGAAUGCUAUGACUCAGACUCUGGGCAAGAGAACAGUGAGAGAAAUCCAGACAGAGAAAGUCAAACUGGGCGAGCAUCUUGGGAUGGACAUAAAUGAUCUGACAAAACCUUGGGGAUUGGAGGUGGACCGGGUUGAGCUGACCCUGGAAAGUGUGCUCCGUGUUCCAGAUGAGUGUCACUCAGGGCCAUUCAUCAUGCCUCCCUCUGUCCCUGGCCUAGAGGGUAUGGCCGGACCUAUACAGCAACUCGCCAUGCACUUUCUGGGGCAAAGUGCAGCAGCAUCUCUGCCUGCUAAUGAUACAAGGCUCUUCAUUGAUGAGUUAAGCACAGAGACGCCAGUAACUCAAAGCAGCAGCAUGGUAGAGGAGCUCCUGGCAGCAGUGAGACUGGUGCUGUCUGAGAGCUUGGUUAGGCAAGUGGGAGCCUGUUUCCAGUUUCACAUCAGUAUCAGUACUGGCCAAACCAGAAGCUAUUAUGUGGAUCUUACUCAAAAUAGUGGAACAUGUGGUGCAGGCGAGGCAAUGCAGCCAGACGUGUCUCUGAGUAUGAGCGAGCAGGAUAUGAUGGCCAUGUUCCAGGGCAGCCUGCAGCCAUUUGCAGCAUACAGCAGUGGCAGAUUGAGAGUUCAGGGAGACUUAAACACUGCCAUGAAACUAGAUGCACUCGUUAAACUCAUCAAGCCUUCAUGAUGUCUAGAUGAAGUUAAAGAAGCUGUGUAUUUCAUGCCUUCACAACACACAAGCUUGAGUUAGACUUUAAAAAUGUAAAGCUCCUGCUCAUAUCAUUUGAUGUGACCUGAAUUUUUUUUACACUGUAGCUAGAUAAUGCAAUAUUUAAUAUAAUGGCUUGCAACACAAAUAUCUUAAAAUUGAAAAAUAAUUUAACUUGAAAAAUGUGAAUGAUUUCUUUAUCAGUAAUCUAUGUUCUGGUGUUUCAAUUGCACUAUUUAAUAACCAUAUGUAUACAGUAUGUAUGUUUGUAUAAAUCAUAUGUUUUAGGUAUUUCAUGAUUUUUAAUCAGUUUGUGUUGUAUGUUAGUAUAUAUGGUGAAUACAUUAUGUAUUAGUAAUUUAUAAAAUAGUUAUUUUUAAUAAAAAUGCACAACUCACAGCUUGAGCCUUUUUUUGUACUGUGAGCUUUUUGUAGUACUGCUUUUUAAGGUCAUUUGUGCAUUGCUGUGUGACUGACUCUCACCUCUAAACUCCUAGAAUGCUGCUCCUCUGUUUCAUCAAACCCAGUUUUUAGGAAAAGCAGUAGUUUUGCAGUGCCCAGUAACUAAAUUGGAGCAGGCCAUCUGAUCAUGACUACAAGUUUUUUUUUGCAGUCUGUGUAU